GCCUCUAGUCCUCUCCUCCUCCAGACGCCUGUCUAUCCAUCUGCCAUCUCUCUCGCCCCUCCAGACCGAACAUUCACAAUGGCCAGCAUCAAGGAGCGCACCUACAUCAUGGUCAAGCCCGACGGUGUCCAGCGGGGCCUUGUCGGCAACAUCAUCGGCCGCUUCGAGCAGCGCGGCUUCAAGCUCAUUGCUCUCAAGCUCGUGCACGCUACCCCGGAGCACCUUGAGAAGCACUACGCUGACCUCAAGGGCAAGCCCUUCUUCCCCGGCUUGAUCAAGUACAUGGCCUCUGGCCCUGUUGUUGCCAUGGUCUGGGAGGGUCUUGACGCCGUCAAGACUGGCCGUGCCAUGCUCGGCGCGACCAACCCGCUUGCCUCUGCUCCUGGCACCAUCCGUGGUGACUUCGCUCUGGCUGUCGGCCGCAACAUCUGCCACGGCUCGGAUGCCGUCGAGAGCGCCGAGAAGGAGAUCGCUCUCUGGUUCCCCGAGGGUAUUGUGCAGUACAACCACGACCUCGCUCAGUGGAUCUUCGAGUAAACAUCAUUUUGGGGCGCAUAACAGCAUGGGUAGAAUUCUGUAACAAAAUAGAAACAUCUGUAUACCACAAGUGGCAGGCUAUCGGUGCUCGGGAAUUGUCUUGCUGGGUUAAACGUGCCGUGAGUGAGCACUGGAUCGAUGAGAAACCCUCGAGGCCCGUCCCCUACACGUUGCCUGACUUCCACGCUGAAGCUGAAGCUUCUUGACCCUGGAGGGCCUGCCAGUCGA